GUGGCGGUAAAUUAUCGUGGAUGAGCCUUUAUUCGUUCGCGAGAGCUGUGAAUUCUAAAUAUAAUUUCCCACACACUCAUGCUAAACGUGCACAAAGUGAAACCGAUAUUUUUAGACAACAUCUUCGGACCGUCUGUUGUAUUUUGUUGCGAGUGCAUUAGAAGUCAUUGCCGUGGUUUUUGUUCGAAAAGUGCCAAAGCUCGCUGGUCUUCGUCUGCUGUUGAGUGGACUCUGUAUACGAACAAGAGAUGGCCGAGGCCAUCGAGCACGAGCUCUGCGCGAAUUGCAAAAAGGAGAUUCCGCAGACGAAUUAUGUAAUGCACAUGGCCCAUUGUGCGAGGAACAUCGCUCUUUGCUCUCUGUGCAAGGAGCCGGUUCCAAAGAGUUCUUUGGCGGAACAUAAGAGGACACAUCAUGGUGGUGCUUCGGGUGCAACGACGAGGAAGAAGGAUUUAGAUGAGGAACCUCCGAAGCAGAAAGUGAAGGCGAGGAUUGUAAAGGAGACGAUGUUUAAGCAGGAGACGAUCUCAAGUAAUCUUGGAAUGCAGGUCAAAUCUAAACCUAAAGAUCUUCUGGCUUGCAAAUAUUGCGAGCUAGAGCUGCCUAAAUUGGAUUUGGAAGAGCACGAGAACUACUGUGGUACUCGCACCGAUAAAUGCAACGAGUGCGGCGAAUUUGUCAUGUUCAAGUACAAAAAGAUCCACGAGGACUCGAACCACGGCUUCAUCAAAUUGAACGAUGAGCCAGGACCUAGAGCUUCGUGGGACUCAUCCACGCAAAGGACAUCAGCCACAACGGCUGAACCGCUCUACCAGAGACGCAGCAGAUUGCCGACACUGCGGCCCUUCGAUAUGACUCCACUUUAUAAUAUGGCCGACUACAUCCCGCCCUCAACCAGUGGUCGGUACAGUUCAUCUUCCGGUGCCGCUUCUAAGGAGAAGACGGAAACAUACAAGGAUCUCUCGAGGCGUCUAGACUGCAAAACAGAGUACAUUAGGAAUCUGCUGCACGAUUCGGCAAGCAUCACCGCUCCGCUCAGGUCAAGCGGUGUUUCACCACGCAACCACUUCAACCAUAACAAAGGUCCUGCGCCAAUGCCGCCGUCGCGACGUCGCAAUCCGCCAACGGAGCUGACGAUACCGUGUGAAUUCUGUGGCACGCCAAUCCCUCAUGAGGACCUGGUGCAGCACGAGACUGGCUGCAGACCUGACCUUGCACGGCGCAGGAAAUCACCGGAAUUGGAUGAGUUCUUUGUAGCUCCGCAGCAUCAGCAACCCUCCAGCCCAGAGGUCGAUCUACCCUGCGAGUUUUGCUGCGACAUGAUACCGGCUUCUCAAUUGCUCAGGCAUCAGGCCACCUGCGAAACAGUAGGAGUCGGAGGCGACGAAGAAAGAUACAUUCUCUAAAAGCGCGUUCUGUAGAUAAACUGACGACUAUCAAAUUUAUGUAAACCCACACAAUAAUAUGCUUAUA